AUGGUACGCAUGGUCUCUGAGACCAGCUCCUGUGAGGGCUCAGAGAGGAUUUGGAAAACAAGCACCACUUCGCGCAAUCACAUGUCGGAAGAGAGCGCGGGCAGUCAGGUGUACCAGUUCAACGCCGAAAUCCGCGACUCUCUGUCAACCAACCAGUGCAGCCCAGAACACCGCGAAUCUCGGCCCAGCUGCUCUGAUGACGAAGUGGAUGCGUGGACGACCGGGGAUACAGAGAUGAUGAAGGAGGUGCCGAAAGACAGUGCUCACCAUGCCGGCCUUUCUAGCGUGACCUCUGUCGACUUUGCUGCCGCCCAAGCAUCAGGCAAGGCGCCAGACGCAUCGCAGCCGAUUUGGAGUGUCACUGUCAUCGAUGUGGCAAAGCUGCCAGCCAUGAAAAAGUCAGAGGGGGAGAUGUCUCGUGGCGUUGCCUGCAACACAUGGAGCACUGCGUCCAUUGAUAUUCCCGGCGGAUUGCCGGAGUACUGGACCGACGACGACGACCCCGACCCUUCUUCCCGCAAGAGCUCGAUGGACUCCAUCCGCUUCUUGCCGACGCCGCCAUCGCUAUCCCGUCCGAGCUCGAAGGUGUCCGCAGCAGCGAUCGAGCGGCCGUCCCGCCCGAGCUCGAAAGUUUCUGCGGGCAACGAGCUGAGAGCGAAUGGCAACCCGGAGAGGCCUCCGGAUCGCGCGACCAUGAGGACCAUGAUCACAACGCCCCCGGGCAGCCCGACGCUAUGCAUGUCUACACUGCUGAGGAUCCUAAUGGGUUUGGAGCAGCCUUCCAAGGGUGGCACCGUGCGCACUGCCGACCCUGACAUGACAGGCUUCUUCGCUCAGCAUCAGGCGGACCUCCUUCCCAUGGACAAGACCGGUUGGCAAAUCGUCAAGGAAGCCAAUGAGAUCCUCAUGGAUGACCGUGAGCUGCAGGAGAUCAUGAAGAAGUUCCGCUUCAGGGGCGACCGUAUGCACGUGAAGGUCGCCAGCCUGUCCGGGGGAGAGAAAGCGCGCCUUGCCAUCGUGAGGAUGAUGCUGAUCCCUUCGCGGAUGCUGAUCUUCGAUGAGCCGACCAACCAUCUCGAUGUGCCCAUGAAGGCCUCCUCGGUAGAAGCCUUUUGGGGUUCAUGGGCCUCCGAAAUGUAG